AUGGACACCAACGGAGGCGCGGAUAUGGACAAAGGGUACCGAUUUCCCGGGGUUUUGUGCCACGAGGAGAGUGGGGAAAUCGACAGGCAUUCAUCCAGGCACCAUGAUCUGCACCAUCAAAAGAAUUUAUCGAAGACUGUGAAGCAGCGAAGGCGACGCACAACAAGGCGCAUCAGCACUGCAGCAGUGACAAACACAUUGAGUGUCGAAGAAGGGUGCGAGAUUGGCGACAAUACGAUGUCCACCGUGCUGGGACCGGACACGGGGGGGGGAAUGGACGAAAAUGGCGUCGAGGAAAAUGGCGUCGAGGAAAAUGGCGUCGAGGAAAAUGAGGAGGAAGUCGAGAAACCUGUCGAGUCACCAGCGAGUCCUGGUGAGAAGGGGACACUUCUUGGGGCAUCGGCAGUUCUAUUCGUCCCGGAUUUCAUGAUGAAACCCGGGCUCUUGGGGCAGUUUCACUGGGUAGACUCUAUCGCCACGGGCAUAGAACAAGAGGAUACAACCGCGACUGCCGGCGAGGGUGGUACACAAUCGCAAAGAACAACACCUCAAAAUCAGGCAACCCAGGACACAGACAUGUUGGGAGAUCAAGAGAGCACCACACAUGGGAUAACUUCCGGGUCUGCACCCCUCGGCCACAAUUUCACCCAUCCAAUCGACUAG